GCGAAGGACAGGCUAGAAAUUAGAGGUGAAAAUUUCACACUCUCCCCCUCCACAGACCGAACAUCUCUCCUCCCGUUCGCCUUUUCUCCUUCCCUCCAAAACCUCGACGAGCUCGAGCUGAGAAGCGAUGUUAAUAAACGUCUCAACCUCUCCUCCAACUCCAUCGCUCUCAUUUCUCAUCAGAUUAAGCAAUCCAAAGUUAAAUGGCUCUGAUUUCCCUCUGAAAUCCAGAACCCACUUGUCAAAAUCUUUCUAUUCUUCUUCUUCUUCUUCUUCUUGUCAUUCUCUGUGUUAUCAUUCUUCUUCCUCAUAUUUCAGAACCCAUGACGCAAACCAUUUGUUUUAUCUUAAGAGAAGAUACCAACAUGGAAAAAGAGAUUCUUUUCGGUCCUUGGCGAUCCCUGGAUUUGAAUUGGGAAGUUUGGAGGGCCCCCAAUCUGUGCUGGAGGCAGCUGCAGUGUUAACGGCCAUCAUUCUCGUGCAUGAGAGUGGUCAUUUCCUCGCCGCCUAUCUACAAGGAAUACAUGUAAGUAAAUUCGCAGUCGGAUUUGGUCCAAUCUUAGCCAAAUUCAACUCAAAUAAUGUAGAGUACUCCAUAAGAGCAUUUCCGCUUGGUGGGUUUGUGGGGUUUCCGGAUAAUGAUCCCGAGAGUGAUAUUCCUGUGGAUGACGAAAAUCUGCUUAAAAACAGACCCAUCUUCGAUAGGGUCCUUGUUAUAUCGGCUGGAGUGAUUGCCAACAUAAUCUUUGCCUAUGGAAUCAUCUUUGGUCAAGUGUUGUCGGUUGGGUUGCCCGUUCAAGAGGCCUUCCCUGGGGUGCUUGUACCAGAGGUUCGCGCAUAUUCGGCUGCUGCCCGAGAUGGACUGCUCCCUGGCGAUGUGAUUCUUGCUGUUAAUGGGAUCGAAUUGCCACGAACAGGGCCUGCUGCGGUGUCCGAGCUUGUUGAUAUCAUUAAGAACAACCCCAAAAAGAAUGUGUUUCUCAAGGUUGGGAGAGGAAAGCAGGAUUUGGAAAUUGGGGUUACCCCUGAUGAAAGUUUUGAUGGAAGUGGGAGGAUUGGAGUUCAGUUAUCUCCAAAUGUUAAGAUUACAAAGAUUAGGCCGAAGAAUCUGCUGGAUGCUAUGAACUAUGCCGGAAGAGAAUUCUGGGGUCUUUCCUUUAAUGUUUUGGACAGCUUGAAGCAGACUUUCCUUAACUUCUCGCAGUCGGCCAGUAAGGUUUCCGGUCCUGUUGCUAUUAUAGCUGUUGGUGCAGAGGUGGCAAGGUCGAAUACCGAUGGACUUUUUCAGUUUGCGGCUAUUCUGAACCUUAACCUUGCUGUGAUAAACCUUCUUCCCUUGCCUGCUUUAGAUGGGGGUUCUUUGGCUUUACUUCUCGUAGAGGCAGCUAGAGGUGGGAGAAAGCUCCCUCAAGAAGUAGAGCAGCGGAUUAUGUCAUCAGGGAUCAUGGUUGUUAUCCUUCUUGGGUUGUUCCUUAUUAUUCGAGAUACACUUAACCUUGAUUUCAUAAAGGAAUUAUUGUGAUGAAUUGUAAGUUGUUGGAAGUUUAAAGUGGGAUCAAAGAUUCAAAAGGAACUACUUAUGGAACAGGUGAUCUUCUCAGAUUGAUAGUAUUGAUGUUCUAUAUACUGGAGGAAUUGAAUUCAGGUUCCAAUACUUCGCUUCAUUUAUUGCCCUUUAGGUUUGCUUCCUGGCAAGAAGGGUAUGGCUUCUCCAUGUUGUCAACUCAUUUCAUGUAAUGUACACUUCUCAUUCACUUGUAAAGUUGUUGUUUAUGGCACUGGGAAUGCUAACCUGGGUUAUGGACCCUCGCCCCUAGUUUCCACCCUCAGAAAUAUAUGCUCUACAUAUAAAAAUUACAGUGAAUUAUAACCGUGGGCAAUUAAUCAGUCUUUGAUAUUAUUAAUUGGAACCUGGAAAAAUAUCUUUCUGCAUUA